UGGUCUGCCUUGUGAUCAGAUGCUCCAAUCUCAGCAACCUCCACUGAACGUAAACAGUGUAAAGCCUGCAGACGUAGCGGUUUUAGCCUCGAUUGGACUGCACAUGCACAGCACCGGGUUAUCCACUGUCGUAUCAAAACUUCAAGAAUUGAUGAGCAUGUACAAUCCUGCACUGAUUGAUACUUAUUUGGAGGAAGCAGAUAUGACUGGAGCCAGCACACUAGUGGAGCAAGCAGAAGAGGCAUCGCUCCAUCUCCAGAACAAUCAGCAUUCUUGGAAGCUGGUGCUUCUUUUUGUGCAAGUGGACCAGUUCUGUGCACGUGACCAACAGGAGGUCGAGGCUGUUAUCAGAUCAGUGCGUGGUGAGGUGGACGCUGCUUUACAGCUGCUGCAUGCUCAGCUGAAGCGGACUCUGGUCAGUGUUGCGUUAUGGGAUGGAGAGAGCUACACUUUCCAAAGAAAGUUAUGCCCAGGUUUGGAAGAAAAUCAAGGUGGAGAGGUCAGACUUUUAAAAGCCAUGCUGACUCAUGCCUUGCAGGCAUCUCUGUAUGAGCUCAUGACAGAGAGAAACUGGGACAGAGAAGACUUCAGUGUCAUCGUGCAGGAUAGACCUCUUGUCAGACACCUCGCUUCUGCCAACAGCGGGAAGUCACAAGCGUCCCAUGAAACUGAUAAACUGAUGGUGCAGUUGUGGACAAACCUGCUGCAGCCUGCAAGCGACGAACAGAACACAGAUGACAACGGAAACAUCAUUACAUUGCAAUGUCCAACUAUGGACCGGCCCUUCCUGAGGACAGAGGGAAACUCUCCUACAAAUGACAGCAGCAACACUUCUCCUCUCACGUCUCCUGAUAUGGGCACAACCAUGCAUUGUGAGGACAUCGGCCCUUCCGUCUCCACACCCAACUCUGUGCAUGAGCUAAGGCCAGGCGAUAUACGGGUGGUGGCUGCUGUUGGAGACUCUCUGACAGCAGGGAAUGGAAUAGCAGCCAGCCCAACAAACGUCCUGGAUGUCCUGACUCAAUAUCGAGGUUUAUCUUGGAGUGUUGGUGGAGACGAAAACCUCACGACCGUAACAACUCUGCCCAAUAUAUUAAAGCAUUUUAAUGCCAACGUGACGGGUUUCUCUGUUGGCCGGGGGAAACAAUCCACGCCUCAGGCUUUUCUCAACCAGGCUGUGGCUGGAGCAAAAAGCAAGGACGUGCCAUCUCAAGUGCGCACCCUUGUGGCGCGGAUGAAGAAUGACUCCAGCAUCAACUUCAAAUCCGACUGGAAAGUGAUCACUUUGUUUGUAGGUGGAAAUGACAUCUGUGACUACUGCUAUAACUCGCUCUUCUUCUCAGUGGAAAAUUAUGUCAAAAAUGUCAGAGACAGCCUGGAUUAUCUACACAAAGAGGUUCCCCGAGCUCUUGUGAACUUAAUCGAACCCCUGGACAUUAUCCCCUUGAGAAAAAUGCACGUGGACGCCUCAUUGAAAUGCCCUACCUGGCUAGUCAAUUUUCUGUGCCCUUGUGUCAUCUUACCAAAGCCCACCUCGACCUCACUGGAAAAACUGGAGAACCUAAACAGACAAUAUCAGCUGAUGCUGAACGAACUGGUGGAGUCCAAUCGUUACGACACCCGGCCGGACUUCACUGUGGUCAUUCAGCCUUUUUUCAGAGAAAUCAUGGUUCCCAUAUUACCAGACGGCCGCCCCGAUCGCUCGUACUUCAGUGCCGACUGUUUCCACCUGAGCCAGAAGGCCCACACUCAGAUGGCUCGCUCCUUGUGGAACAACAUGGUAGCAAUCAAACUGACCAUAUCUUCCAUCAUGUGCACAUUUGAAUGCAUUUUGCAAUUUGAUUGUAUCCAGAAUGGCUUUACCACACCAAUACUGAAAUAUUUGAAUAUUGUUCCUCUUGAUUUGUUUUUCCAGCUGGAACCACUAGGAAAUAAAACAUCCUUUCAAGAUUUUCGCAAAGACAUUCAACUGAAAUGUCCCUCAAAGACUUCCCCAUUUAUCCGCACCUAUCGCAACAGCAACUACACGUACGCUGCUCCUCCACCAACACCAGCACCUAAUACAAACUGGGGAAGUGAUUUCUCCUGUGUGGACCUUGCUCCAUCUCCCUCUGUGCCAACAUCAGUUCACAAGCUCAGACCAGCGGACAUCAAGGUGGUGGCGGCAGUGGGAGACUCGACAACGGCUGGGACGGGGGCUAAAGCCAAGAAUCUGUUAGAGCUCAGUCGGGAAUAUAAAGGCGUGUCUUGGAGCAUUGGUGGAGACCGCACACUGGACACCGUAACAACACUACCAAACAUCCUAAGAAAGUUCAACUCAGCCCUUAAAGGCUUCUCCAAAGGUCAAGGUUCAAGACAGAAAGGCUUCAACAUGGCCACAACAGGAGCCAAAACCUCGGACAUCCAAGCGCAGAUCCAAGUUCUCAUAAAGGCCAUGCGAGAACACAAGGAGGUGAACUUUGACGAGGACUGGAAACUUCUCACAAUAUUUGUAGGGGUGAAAGACCUUUGCCAAUACUGUACUGACCAAAACAAUCUGUCCCCGAGUAAUUACAGUCACAAUCUAAUGCUCGCGUUGGACGAACUUUACCAAGAGGUACCCAGGCUGUUGGUCAAUCUAGUGGGGAUAAUGCAAAUGGACACGAUAAAGCAAGUCAAGAAAAACACUCUGGGAUGCUCCUUGCUGCAGAGAACAAUCUGCCCUUGUGUUAUCAACCCAACUGAAAACUCCCCAGAGAUAAAGGAGAUAAAGCAAAUCAACCUUGAAUACCAGGCUGAAAUCCAUAAUCUUAUUUCUGGAUCUCGUUAUGAUGGGAAAGAAGAUUUUGCUGUUGUUCUUCAGCCAUUUUUACACAAUUUCUUCAUCCCUAAUAUAGGGGAAGGGGAGGUAGACACCACUUUGUUCUCUGUGGACUGUUUUCAAAUCAGUGAGCGAACUCAUGCAGAGAUGGCCAUCGGGCUCUGGAAUAACAUGUUGGAGCCUGUAGGUAGGAAACAAGCUUACAACAACUUCACGUAUGACCGCUCCAAGAUUCACUGUCCCACGGAGGCUAGUCCCUUCAUCUUCACCAAAGUCAACAGCGCGUCUCGUCCAACUUGGACAACCACGACGACCUCGCCAAAGAGUACGGCAACCGGGUUUGUGCCCCUGUGCGCGACCCCCCAGCCGCUGUGGCUUCCAAUUGUAGUGGGAGUUGUUAGCUUACUGGUGGGAAUCACUUCUGCCUGGUUCGUGUGCUCUUUCAUACUAGCUAAAAGAACCAAGACAGAGUGCCCGGUAGAAUUGCGAGCAGUAGCAUUGUAAUGCAAUUAAAUAAAACAAUGAGAAGAAUACAAUAAUAAUGAAAUGAAAUAUUGAAAUCUUUUGUAUGUAUCUUUCCUUAGUUUAUCAUGGACUUGAUAUUUAAAUGUUUUAUAUUUUGUAGGAUUAAUGUACAGUGUUAAUAAAAACCUCGAUGUAACUUACUGUAUUUUUUUGUAAUUUCCAUGUUUGUUCUAUGGGUGAAAGAUACAUUUUUACAUUACACGAA